AGUCAUUUUAAAUUGAAUCUUGAAUCUGAACCUUUUGCCAGUUUACUUUGAUACUUUUACGAUCAAAGAUUGUGGUAAUUUAACUGGAAAGGAGGGUAAAACAUUUACAUGACAAAAGGGAUGGUCUGUUUUGUUUUCUACAACUCUCGUUCAACUCUGACCAAUCACAGCAAAGUGGGUUAAACUCGCGCGUGCGCUUUCGAUACAUUGUGUUUUUGUUGAUAUCCUGAUAUUUUCAGGCUCCGAGUUUAGCUUUCUGAAGCUAAUAAACCUCCCCUUCUUUGGGGGGUUUUACUAUUAUAGCCAAUUUAGACAAUAAUAAAAUACCAUAGCUAGCUUUAUGAAGGGCUGAUGGAGAACACAAGGAAUUUGGCUGAGCGCACCCCGCGUUCGGAGCGUAAGCGUCAGGACUCGUUCGGUAUGUUUGACGGGUACGACAGCUGCAGUGAGGAGAGCACCAGUAGCUCCAGCUCGGAGGACAGUGAGGAUGAGGUGCCCUCCAUCCCUGCCAGCCUGCCCAUCAUCAAGAACAAUGGACAGGUUUACACCUAUCCCGACGGCAAGGCUGGCAUGGCCACCUGUGAGAUGUGUGGGAUGGUUGGAGUGCGAGACGCCUUCUACUCCAAAACCAAACGCUUCUGCAGCGUCUCCUGCUCUAGAAGUUAUUCCUCCAACUCUAAAAAAGCCAGUAUAAUGGCUAGACUCCAGGGUAAACCACCUACGAAAAAGGCCAAGGUGUUACAGAAACAGCCUCUCAUGGCGAAGUUGGCAGCUUACGCCCAGUACCAAGCAAGUCAACAACAACAAAACCUGGCUAAAUCAAAAGCAGUAGUUCCUGUUGAAUGCUUUGACUGGGGAAGAUACAUCUGUAGCAAUAACCUGGUUGGAGCACCAGUCAGCUGCUUCAAGCACGUCCCUAUGGGUAUGUGCUGGGGAGACCUAGCUGAAGGAGUGAGGGUGGAGGUGCUCAACUCCGAUACUAACCUCUCUACUAAAGUCUACUGGAUAGCAGGGAUCGUCAAACUUGCAGGGUUCAAGGCUCUGCUGCGGUACGAGGGUUUUGACAACGACACCAUCAGGGACUUCUGGUGUAACCUCUGCGUUCCAGAGAUCCACCCCGUGGGGUGGUGCGCCUCCAGUGGGAAACCCCUCGUACCUCCCAAAUCGAUACAGAAUAAGUACUCUAACUGGAAAGCUUUUCUUGUGAAGCGACUCACUGGAGCCAAGACACUGCCACCAGACUUUGCUGCUAAGGUCCAUGAGAACAUGCAGUUCCCUUUUAAGAAGCUGAUGCGAGUGGAGGUGGUGGAUAAGACGCACCUGUGCCGAACUCGGGUGGCUCUGGUGGAGCAGGUGAUCGGGGGAAGGCUGAGGCUUGUCUACGAGGAGAGCUCCGACGACUUCUGGUGUCACAUGUACUCCCCGCUCAUACACGCCAUCGGAUGGUCACGGAGCAUCGGACACCGCUUCAAACGAUCCGAUGUGUCAAAGAAAAUCGAUGGUCAGGUGGACGCCCCCGCCCCGCUGUUUUCCAAGGUGAAGGAUGUGGACCAGAGUGGUGAAUGGUUCAAGGACGGGAUGAAACUAGAGGCCAUUGACCCUCUAAACCUCUCAGCUAUAUGUGUAGCCACUGUAAGAAAGGUGUUGGCAGACGGGUACCUCAUGAUCGCCAUCGACGGGUCGGAGGCAGCUGAUGGCUCAGACUGGUUUUGCUACCACUCCACUUCUCCCUCCAUCUUCCCUGCUGGCUUCUGUGGAAUCAACAACAUUGAACUCACGCCCCCUAGAGGGUACACUAAACUGCCAUUUAAAUGGUUUGACUACCUCAGAGAAACGAGUUCAAUAGCCGCUCCUGUGAAGCUCUUUAACAAGGAUGUUCCAAACCACGGGUUCCGCCAGGGCAUGAAGCUGGAGGCCGUGGACCUGAUGGAUCCCAGGCUGGUGUGUGUUGCCACAGUGACUCGGAUCGUCCACCGCCUGUUGCGCAUCCACUUUGACGGCUGGGAGGAUGAGUACGACCAAUGGGUGGACUGCCAAUCACCUGACCUCUACCCCGUGGGCUGGUGUCAGCUGACCGGCUACCAGCUACAGCCCCCCGCCGCACAGAUGGCCAGAGAAAUCCCACCUGCUGUACCUAAGCAGAAGAAGAAAGCCCAACAGUACAAAGGCCAAAAGAAAAAGCGGAAGAUUCCGGUUGGUCGACGGCCCUUCAGUCAGGCAGGCAGGAGGAGGAGCCUAUCAGGGGAGGAGGAAGAGCAGAGUCCGCCCCCUUACUCCAGCCAGGGCCCCACUAUGGUCCCCCGGCCCCGCACCCACCACCACCACCACCACACCCACAAACCAGAGUCUCUGUUGCGUCUGAAGGAGGAGCCGGCUGAGGUGGAUGAGUUCACCUUCUCCCAGGGCAUCUCAGAUCAGGAGAGCAACGGCUCGGGCAGCUACUACAUCAAACAGGAGCCCUGAUGAUCCGGGGGACAGGGGCCUCGGGCUAGGCCUGGGAGGCCAAGGGGAACCUCUUACACCC